AUGAGCGGCCUACUCAAGCUGCUCUUCACCCGCCUGACCCUCCCGCCGGCCGCCGCCAUCGCGGGCAAGACAGUGCUCAUCACCGGCGCCAACACCGGCCUCGGCCGCGAAGCCGCCCGCCACGCCGCCAGUCUCGGCGCAGACACCAUCAUCAUGGGCGUGCGCUCGGUCGCGAAGGGCGAGGCCGCCAAGGCCGACAUCGAGUCCAGCCUGGCCGCCGCCAGUACCGGCACCACCACCACCACCACCACCACCAGGUUCCUCAUCUGGCCGCUCGACAUGGCCUCCUUCGCCAGCGUGCGCGCCUUCGCCGCCCGCGUCCGGCAGCACGUCCACGACGACCACGGCCGCCUCGACAUCGCCAUCCUCAACGCCGGCAUCGCGUCCUCCAACUUCACCGCCACCCCAGACGGCUGGGAGACCAGCCUGCAGGUGAACGUGCUGUCCACGGCGCUGCUGGCGCUACACCUGCUGCCCUUGCUCCAGCGACGCGCCAGCAACAACCAGCCCGAGCACCGCCCGCACCUGACAAUCCUCACCAGCGACAUCCACGCGACCGCCCGCUUCGCCGAGCGCAGCAACACCCCCAUCCUCACCGCUCUCAACGACCGCGCCCAGUGGGCGCGCUCCCAAACCACCGCCGGCGCAGCCGAGCGAUACGCCGUGACCAAGCUGCUGGACCUGUUUCUGGCGCAGGCGCUCGCACACCACACCACCGCCCAAAAAGGAGGCACCGCAACAACUGGGGAAGAAGGGGUAGCGGGAGCGGGAGCGGGGGUGGUGGUGAUCAACGCGGUGGCGCCGGGGUUCUGCAAAUCCGAGCUGCUGACGCGGGAGCAGUCGUCGUCGGCGGCGCCGCCGCCGUUGGCGCUGCUGCUGCUGCGGGUGGUGCAGGCGCUUGUGGCGCGGCCGGUGGCGGAGGGGAGCAAGACGCUGGUGCAUGCGGCGACGGCGGGGGUGGGGAGUCAUGGGGCGUACCUUGAUCAUCAGGCGAUUGCGUCGCCCGGCGGACUGGCGGCGGGUGCCGAGGCGGCUGGGCUGAGGGACAAGCUGUGGGCGGAGAUCAUCGCUGUGCUGAGAGAGGUCGAUCCCGAUGUGGUGGCCGGAUUCUGA